AUGCCCAAGGCCGCCUCCCGUGCACCUCUCCCAACCUCGUCUUCAGACUUUGCUCUCCCUUCCUCAUCGUCUUCAAGCCCUGGAGCAUCGACGUCCUCGUUAACUCUCGAUGAUCCUGCUUUCCUCUUCCACCGUUUUCGACGUCCAAGCCUCCUACAGAAGCCAAGCCUCCUCGCGGAAACAAGGCUGCACAGCCCAUUGGCGUCGUCCUUCUCUUUUCACCAUCGCCGCCGGAGCCAGAGUGCUUUCAUCGCUGAGGAGUCCGAGAGUGACAGGGAUAGAAUGAUGACAGACUCUCCAAGCAGCUCAGAAACGCACACACCACCGUUGAAGGCCCCAGCUAACAGUGAAGAGGACUUGACGAAGGUGGCAUUACCGCGGCAACCAUCCACACCCCCUCGUCGGAAAUCGUCAGCUAGCAUGGAUGCAUCUGAUAUGCCCACUAUUUUUAACCGCAGGCUGUCAUUUCCACUCAAGCAACCUCGCAUACUCAAUCUUCUGGCCGAAUCCCGCCCUGAGGAAGCCGAAGUCAAAUCUGAAGCUGCUUUCCAGAGACUGGUAGCAUCUGUUUCUGAAUUACCUCACACACCGCGACCGUUGAUGGAUCGUGGACGCUACCCGGAAGAAGCAGUUCACGAAGAAGUUACGAGAGAGGAAACACCAAGCGAUGAUGAGGGAGAAGCAGAAGACACACCAUUUGCAUUCACUGCACCACCUACAGCCACGCAACCCAUUAAUAUCCAAAAGCCGUGCACACCGGGUGCCAGCUUGGCGGGGAGCGUCAAUGGCGACGAUACAGGCAUGAGCAUCUCAGAAACAUCAUCCAGUUUUGGAGGUGGAGGUUCCAUGGAUAUUGACGCGCCUUUGGGAUCACCGCUACUCCCGUCUUUUUCACAAAACCCUAUUGCUCACUGGCGGUACACGCCGCCUCCAACCACGAGUGCCGUGCGGUCCAACAAACGCAAACUCGACGACCGUUUCGAUCCAUAUCCGAGCAGUUCCAAACGCCGGGCUGUUUCUCCUUCAUUGCAUUAUCUCCGAGAAUCUCAUUCGUCGACAAGUUCCCCGAUAACGAGAAGCAGUGGCUCCAGACUACCGAUUGCCAUUCCUAUCACGAUACCAGCAUCGACUGUCAGUUCCGCGACAUCAUCACCGACCAUCACCAGCUCCUACCCAGCUUUCCCUCGUGGCCUUAGCAUCACCUCCAGCCCUACACUGAGAGCUACGCUCAGCAUGGCGAGCCCUAUUUUACGCCCUAUUGGUCGCCGGCGGAUUGGCGAAGAAGAAGAGAUCGAAGGCGCUGGAGAGGCUGUGAACGGGCUAACGCUAGGUCCGGACUCAACGAUUCCUGAUACUUCGAAUGAGCUCCAACCGUCAUCGCUGCCGAAAUGA